UCCUGCCCGCGUUCCCUCGGCGGCGGCCGCGCUGAGGUGGCGCCGCGCCCCGGUGAGGUGAGCGAGGCGUUUCAGCCGGCGCUGCCCCAUCCCCCGCUGGCCCGGGCGGCAGGGAGUGGCUGUCCCGCCGCGGCCCCUACGAUAGGAAGCACGCACCAUGUCUGACUUCAGCACUCUCAGCUGAUGGAGGAAGCAAAGGAGGAGUUGAGCUUUGUGUAGUGGGUCUGGCACUGGCCAAGGUGUAAAUCCAGCAUGAACAGAGCAGUUUGGGGAUACAAGCAUCAUCAAGUCACCCUAGGGCAUUUCUCUACUUUAUUUCAUCUCAGACCUUAACAUGUGCUAACACCAGCAGCCCCAUUCUCAUACAGUCUCAAGAUGGCAGAAUUAUUUAUGGAAUGUGAAGAAGAGGAGCUAGAACCCUGGCAAAAGAGAGUGAGAGAAGUGGAAGAGGAUGAUGAAGAUGAUGAUGAUGAGCCAAUCUUUGUUGGGGAAAUCUCCAGCUCAAAGCCAGCCGCUACAUAUAUAUUGAACAGAGUCAACCUCAGCUCACCACGAAGGGGGAUACAGAAUGGUGCACCCAGUAGAGGUGCAGUCACUGCAUUCAAGUCUGAGAGCCAGCAUUACGAGCCGCCUGCCUCCAGCCCCGGCGCCGCGCCUGCCCCGUCAGUGUUUCAGGCUGUGCCCAGACCUGCCGCCAGCUCGGUGGCACUUCAGCCAUUGGCUGGAGCAGUGAAUGUUUCAGCAACUUCACAAACACUGCAGAGACCACUUGCUGGAUGUUUGUCAACACAGCAGGUGCCUGGGUCAAGUUCUGGAAUAGCACAGCCUGUUAGCAGACCUGUAACCAUUCCAGUGACGACACAGCCGGUAUCAAGAAGUAUUACAGUUCCUGUAGUGGCUCAGCCUGUAUCCAGGCCAGAGACUCCUGCAACAGCACAGCCUGUAAUACUCAACCAGGAUUUUAUUAUGGAUUCUGCACCAGAUGCACCAGAUAACACAUCUGGUAUUCUGUUUGGUGUGAGACAGAACUCGGGAGUUCCACAGUACCAGACUGGGCCACCUGUGACUGUAACAGGGACAAAUGCUGCAUCCAGCACCAUUAAAAAUGGAGGACCUUUUCCACGGGCUUGUCCAAAGUGUAAUAUACAUUUCAAUCUUAUGGAUCCUCUAAAAAAUCACAUGAAGUAUUGUUGCCCAGAUAUGGUAAAUAACUUUUUCUCGGAAGUGGUCAAAACAGAAUGUGUGAGCACAAACAGGACCAUGGAAUCUGAGAAAGGAAAGCUGAUUAUGUUAGUUAAUGACUUUUAUUAUGGGAAGGAUGAAGGUGACCUCCAGCAGGUACAACAGGAGCAGAAGACUCAUACGACAUUUAAAUGCAUCAGUUGUCUCAAAGUUCUUAAAAAUAACAUAAGGUUUAUGAACCACAUGAAACAUCACUUGGAGCUUGAGAAGCAAAGCAAUGAAAGCUGGGAAAGCCACACGACGUGCCAGCACUGUUACCGACAGUUCCCCACGCCGUUCCAGCUGCAGUGCCACAUCGAGAGUACACACACGCCUUACGAGUCAUCCACAAUUUGUAAAAUCUGUGAAUUAUCAUUUGACACAGAGCAAGUUCUUUUGCAACAUAUGAAGGACAAUCAUAAGCCCGGUGAAAUGCCGUAUGUUUGCCAGGUGUGCAGCUACAGAUCCUCAGCUUUUUCAGAUGUAGAAGCACAUUUUAGAACAGUUCAUGAAAACACGAAACAUUUGCUAUGCCCAUUUUGCCUCAAAGUUAUUAAAAUUGGAGCACCGUAUAUGCAUCAUUACAUGAGGCAUCAGAAAAAGGGAAUAUACCGUUGCACUAAGUGCAGACUGCAAUUUUUAACAUGCAAAGAAAAAAUGGAUCACAAGACUCAGCAUCACCGAACAUUCAGGAAACCCAAGCAAUUAGAAGGCUUGCCUCCUGGAACAAAGGUGACUAUUCGAGCAUCUUUGGGACCUCAUCAGUCAGGAGCAUCAGCUACAUCUUCUGUUAGUACAAGCAGUUCCACAUUUCAGUUAUCACCUAAAAAUAAAAAUGCAACCACUAAAAAUCAUAACAAAUCUAAUACAAGUAAAUUAAGAGGAAAAUCAAAACAAUCUACACCGAGGAAACAAAAUGCAUGGACAAACAGCAGAAGAAAAAAAGAGCCUACAAAUAUAGCAUUUCAUAAUCUGAGGUAUCAUGUGGGAACUCACAAAUGCAUUGAGUGUUUCUCAGAAAUAAAAGAUUUUGCAAGGCACUUUCCUGCAUAUGUCCACUGUAGUUUAUGCAGAUACAACACCAGCUGUAGCAAAGCCUAUGUCAAUCACAUGAUGAGCUUUCACAGUGCUCGUCCAAGUAAAAGGUUUUGGAUCUUUAAGAAGCAUUCAGAGCAGCUACGAGGUGUGACUGUAGUGUGUCUCAACUGUGAUUUCCUGGCUGAUGUUUCUGGCUUGGAUGACAUGGCCACACAUCUGAGUGAGAACCAGACUCAUACCUGUCAAGUUAUUGUAGAGGAAGUUUCCACAGAUAAUGCAACUGCUGCACAAGUGUCUCACAAACAAGAGCACGACUCUUCAGAUGAAACAAAAGAAUGCAGUAGAAAUCAAACUAAAAAAGUUGCAUCUGUUGAAAAGAGGGAAGACUCAUCACUGUCAAACCCAGAAAAUGUCCGUCAUUUGGAACUCCCUGGCAACUGCUCGAAGAAUUCCUUGCAUGAGAAAAGAGCAUACUGUGAUUCAGCUAAUAGCAAACAGUUAGUAGAUGAGAAACAAAAAUGUAUUCAUGACGAAAGUGAGAUGAAAACGUGCCAAAGUUCAGCUGACAUCCUGAAUGAGCAGACAAAAGCGUGUGGCUGGGAUGGAACUGCGCUUUCAGCCAAGAACGUGAGGGACUUAAAGCUGACCCUGGGGGAAGAUGUCAGCUUUGAGCAGUUCCUGAGAAAGAGGGAUGAGCCUGAAUCUGUGAGUUCAGACAUCAGUGAACAAGGCAGUAUUCAUUUGGAGCCUUUAACUCCAUCAGAAGUACUAGAGCACGAAGCUACUGAAAUUCUCCAAAAAGGUAAUGUCGCACCUUUGUCAAAGAAGGCUGGACAGCUCACUGAACAAACAGAUGAGACUUCUAGAGAAAGCAAUCCCAGCAGAAUGGAAACAACUGCAAACAAGACAGAUGAGAAUGAAGCAAGCUGAAAUUGUGUUCAUUUUAUUGUUUGUUUUAAACUAUGCUAAGAACACCAUGGACCAUUCCUGGUGAGUGUGCUCAUGGAUGCUAAAGACUAAAAAUUUUGAAAGGGAGAAGAGAAAGGGACACCAAAGGGAAGUUUGCAUAUGGAGUAGCAUGUAUGUGUAUGUAUGACUGAAUUCAUUAAGCUUCAGAAAGGUAACAUGUUAAAAUAUAUCUUCCUGUCUCUUGGAUGUGAUAUAUUAUUAGAUUGAUACUUGAAAAGAGGUAUAAAUUCUAAUUUUUUUAUAGUUAACUAGCCCAGGAUAAGGUGAUUUGUUCGCCCAGAAAGUAUUUUUCUAAAUUCUUUAAUGUGAAUAUCAUUGAACAGGGGAUUGAGUAGGAAUUUCCUUCUGAUGCUGACAUGGAGCACACUUAUAAUGGAGGUUAUUGGUCUGCUGAUAGUUUAGGUAAAUAUAAACCUUGGAACUUGGUGUCACAUUCCUGUCUGUAAAAGCAUGUAAACAGAAGUAUAUGAAUUUGUGCACCUCUGUACAGGUGUAAUCCUGCCAGGCUGUAAACUUACCUUAAUAAACUUUCAGUGAAAGUGAAAUUAUUACAAUAAAAAAUAUAUUUGUGGAGUUUUCACUGUGCAGGCUGUGCAGAACUACCAAACAUAGCAGUAUGAAGUAGGACACAAUGCUGAAAGUACUGUAGCUCUUAGGCUUUUACCAUUGGGUUAAUUCCUCUUAGGUGUAGACCUGUAGGAAUGGUCUGUAAGUCACACCAAAGUAUGGUUUGAUGUAAUAAUGGUUUUAAGCAAAAAUAAGGAAAACUCCAAACUGGAAACACCACCUGGCAUGCAUUUUGCCAUUUUGCAGCUGCUACUGGCUAACUUAAAAAUAGGACACAAGGGCAUAUAAAGUAGUAUUGUACAAUUCAAUUUCAGGACUUUUUGUAGUCUAAGUUAUGUACUGAAAAAUGGCUGCUGGUUUUAGUUUGGUUUUUUGGUUUUGGGGGUUUUUUUUGUCUUCUAGUUAGCUAGAUUUAGGAAUGCAUAUGAUAACAGUAGCUUGCUCCUUUGAUUUCAUUGCUCCAUUCGAAACAUUCAGAAUGUGCUUUUGACUUACAGUUUUGUUUUUAAUGAAUGUUAAAUGUUUUGAACAGCUGUUAAAGUACUGCUGUAAGUUAUUACUUUUUGAGUAAAUAUUUGCAACAAAAAAUUGUCUUUGUGUAUAAUUUUAUGCUCAACUUGAAACUUUGGGCAUAGCCUUCUCCUGUUUUUGAAAAAGAUUUAGUGACAGUUCCCAAAAAAGUAAGUAAUUCAUUAUUGUGAAUUUUAGACCUAUGUUUCACUGGGGAUUUUUGUUGGGCUUUGGUUGGUUUGUUUGUUUUAUUUUAGAAUUAAAUGAGCAAGUGCCUAUGCAUAAACAUUUUUUUGUACCUGUGUAUUGUGAUAUGGUGUGCUAACCUUUCCAGACUAUACAGAUUUAUUUCUGGCCCAACAGCCUGCAACUGAAGUUUCCUCUGUCCUCUUAAGGUCACUGGGCUCAGCUGCUAAGUGAGUCUAACAGUAUUAAAAUCUAGAGAGCAUCCAGCUUACUAUUGGAACCUCUAAAUAAAGCAGAUCUCAACAGCCUCAAAAGUUCCUUCAAGCUCUAAAGAGAUGUAGAAUUUAAAUUUUAGACUGCAUCUUCGUUGUUACCCAUGCACGUGUAGAAGAUUUUUAAAAAAGAAAAUGGACCAGUUUAUGUACUCACAGCUCUGAGAUUUUCCUCUUGGAGAACUUCAAAACCACAAUAUAUGAAAAAGCUGAGAAGAAUAAGUUCCAUUAUUCCUUUGUUCUUUAAAAGUUUUAGUGAAACCAUUAAAUAGUGCUUUGGGUAACCAGUCUGAUGUCUUCAUGCUUUUACACAUGCAAGGU